AUGGCUGAGGAGAUAUCAAAUGCCCUGUUUCAAAUGCACCAUAAUAAAGCUCCUGGUACAGAUGGUAUGCAUGCUCUUUUCUUUCAAAAAUUCUGGCAUAUAAUUGGUCCUGAUAUUAUUACAUAUGUGCAAAACUGGUGGAAUGGCAUUUGGGAUUUAAAGGAGAUUAACAGGACUUGUGUCGUUCUAAUUCCUAAAUGUAAUGAUCCUAAGUACAUGAAGGAUUUUAGGCCGAUCAGUUGUUGCAAUGUUCUGUAUAAAAUAAUCUCUAAAACUCUGGCUAACAGAUUAAAGCCCUUUCUAGAUGAUAUUAUUUCUGUUAAUCAGAGUGCAUUCAUUCCGGGCCGAUUAAUUACUGAUAAUGCAAUGGUUGCUUUUGAGAUAUUCCAUGCUAUGAAGAGAGGUGGUGAUGGGAGGUCUGGGUUGAUAGCUCUGAAGUUGGAUAUGAGUAAGGCAUAUGACAGGGUAGAAUGGGGUUUCUUGGAAAUGGUGAAUAAUGAGAUAUGUGGCUCGAUAAUCCCCUCUAGAGGCCUGCGUCAGGGUGAUCCUAUUUCCCCAUAUUUAUUCCUCCUAUGUGCUGAUACUUUUUCUGGUUUACUAUCAAAAGCUGCAAAUGACAAACUCAUACAGGGGGCUAAAAUCUGUAAAUCGGCUCCGAGGAUUUCACAUUUAUUUUUUGCAGACGACAACAUUUUGUUUGCAAAGGCAACUCCUAAUGAAUGCUCUAAGAUAGCUGAAAUAAUCAGUGUGUAUGAAAGAGCAUCCGGUCAGAAAGUUAAUUUAGAUAAAACGGAGAUUGCGUUCAUUAGAGGUGUUCCCCCGGAGAGACGGGCUACUAUUGUUAGCACAUUGGGGGCAGGGAGAUAUGGAGGCUGCAAUCAAAUCCGAAUACUCUGUUGUACAAGGUACUACAGGCUCGCUAUUUCAAAAACUCGAGUGUAUUUGAAGGCCAACAGAAGGCACGACCCCAGCUACAUUUGGCGAAGCAUUUGGGGAGCUAAGGGGUUGUUCAGAGACGGUCUGGCGUGGAAAAUUGGCAACGGUCGUGACAUUAAUAUCUGGACUGACAUUUGGCUAGUCAAUAAUAGGCAGCCUAUUCACCUCCAAAGACCUCCGGAGUUUGAUGAAGAGAUGAAGGUUCGUGAAUUGUUGACAGAGGAUGGGCGUAUGUGGGAUGAAAUGAAGGUUCGGCAGGUGCUUGGUGAGGAGUUAUGUAGCCAGGUUCUUUCUCUUCCUCUCCCAAUUCAUGCGACAAGAGAUACAACUUUCUGGAUGCAAUCAAAGAAUGGUGUAUUCUCUGUCAAAUCAUGCUAUUAUCUGGCCAGGAAAGGAGCGAUAGAGGCUAUUGAUACAAACAGCCUACACAAACUAUGGUGUUUAAUCUGGAACUACAAAGGUCCACCGAAACUUAAACACUUCCUGUGGAAUGCGGCGAAAGGUAAUCUAGCGGUAAAGAGCCGGCUAAUGCAACGUCACAUUGUUGGUGACAGUAAGUGCCUAAUCUGCGAGAAUGAGGAUGAAACUAUCAUACAUGCUUUGUUUGAAUGUACCAUGGCUAAAGAAAUAUGGCUACAUAGUCAAUACAGGGGGGUAGUAGACGAGGCGCCUGCAGAAUCUUUUGCAUGUAGAUGGGUUUGGCUUGACCAGAAGGUGCAGGGUGAUGGUAUUUACCAAAUAGCAGCUCUUAUAUGGGCUGCUUGGCGCUGCAGAAACCUGCUUCUAUUUGAAGGAGUUCGCAGCAGCCCGACAGUGUUGGCUGGGAAUCUCUGCAAAUGGGUGGCUGAUUACGGUAGUGCUGGGAAAGCAGCUGUGGGUGUUGUGGGCAGGAAUGAGGAAGGAACUAUUGUGUUGACUGCUACUCAAUCCAUUUUCCAGCAGUCCCCAGAGAUUUCUGAAGCCGUUGUUGUUAGAUAUGGGAUGAUCAUUGCCAGAAGAUUCGGCUUCGAAAAUAUAUGGAUCGAGUCGGAUUCCCUCAAUGGACUUUACAGGGGAUCAUUCAGAGCUCAUACGCUUUGA